GGAGCGCGCCCAGCCGCGCAGCCCGGUGCCGCUGCCGCCGCACAGCCCGCCCGCACCUGCCGCCCCGUAUGCGCGGCGCCCGGCGCAGCGCCGCGGCCGCGGAGCCCUAGGCGCGGGCGCCUCGCCGAGCCCCGUGGGCGGCGGCGCCGGGGGCUAUGGGGGCGGCGGGCGCCGCGCUGCCCGGCGGCAACGCCAGCGCCAACCAGAGCGCCGCCGCCGACCCCACGCUGUCGCGGGACGUGUGGGUAGUGGGCAUGGGGAUCCUUAUGUCCGUGAUCGUGCUGGCCAUCGUCUUCGGCAAUGUGCUGGUGAUCACCGCCAUCGCCCGGUUCCAGCGCCUGCAGACCGUCACCAACUACUUCAUCACCUCUCUGGCCUGCGCUGACCUGGUGAUGGGUCUGGCCGUGGUGCCCUUUGGCGCCAGCCACAUCAUCAUGGAGAUGUGGAAUUUUGGGAACUUCUGGUGUGAGUUCUGGACCUCCCUGGACGUGCUCUGCGUCACGGCCAGCAUCGAGACCCUCUGCGUCAUUGCCGUGGACCGGUAUUUCGCCAUCACCUCCCCCUUCAAGUACCAGAGCCUGCUGACCAAGAGCAAGGCACGUGUGGUCAUCCUGGUGGUGUGGGUGGUCUCUGCCCUCACCUCCUUUUUGCCCAUCCAGAUGCACUGGUAUCGGGCAGACCGUGAUGAAGCCAUUCGGUGCUACAAGGAGGACACAUGCUGUGACUUCUUCACCAACCAAGCCUACGCCAUUGCUUCCUCCAUCAUCUCCUUCUACGUGCCACUUGUGGUCAUGGUCUUCGUGUAUGCCAGGGUCUUCCAGGUGGCCAAGAAGCAGUUGCAGAAGAUAGACAAGAGCGAGGGGAGGUUUCACAUCCAGAACAAGGAGCAGGAGCAGAACGGGCGAGCUGGGCACCGCCGUUCCUCCAAGUUCUGCUUGAAAGAGCACAAGGCCCUCAAGACCCUGGGCAUCAUCAUGGGCACCUUCACGCUGUGUUGGCUGCCCUUCUUCAUCGUCAACAUCGUGCACGUCAUCCAGGACAACAUCAUACCCAAGUACGUGUACCUCCUCUUGAACUGGCUGGGCUAUAUCAAUUCUGCCUUCAACCCUUUGAUCUACUGCCGGAGCCCGGACUUCAGGUAUGCCUUCCAGGAGCUCCUGUGCCUCCGCAGGUCUGCCCUGAAGAUGUAUGCCAAUGGGUACUCCAACAGCAACGGCAGGAGUGACUACAAUGAGGAGGACAACAGCUACCCCCUGGCACCGGAUAAAACCUGCGAGUUGCUCUGCGAAGAAGGCUCCUUCCCAAACCCUGAGGACUUUUUGCACUGCAAAGAGAUCCCAGGGUGUCCGGGAAUGGUUGAGAGCUGAAUGGGUUGAACUCUCUUCCUCACCAUCCUGAGCUCAUGAGGGCUCUGAAGAGAUCAAGCAGGAGCACGGCCUUGCUUCUCUGAGACUGGGGAUGCUGUGGGAAGUGAUCACCUUGACAAGUGUCUUCAUCCCAACCCAUAGCCCAUAGUGCAUCACUGGAAGAGAAGCUAAUGAAGGAUUAGCAGAGGACCAGGAAAGGCUCUACCAGCACUUCAAGCAGCGAAAGACACAGAUGGGGGACCGGCACUAAGAGAAGCACUUUCCAGGAGUCCCUGCAUAUGAAACCAGCUUCGUUCUGGGAAGAAGCUAAAAGAGCCCUGUGAACGGAAGGAGGUGAAUGUCCAAAUCAGCACAAAAGGUGCUGCAGGGUUUCGCUGUCACACUGUCCUUGGAAAGCACUUUUGAAAGCGAAGGGGGUAUCAGGACCACCUGGCCCUUUCCAGUGGCUAGUUUGGAAGAGAUGUGGCAAGGUUGCUGCCUUACGGUCAGGUCAAGAGACCACAAAGACGUGCCCACAGUGCCCAGUCCAUGUGCUGGCUGGGGCUCAAAAUUAAAGAAUCCGACCAAGACUAGGAAGAAAAGGCAUGUGGAAGAUUGCUUUGAUUUAUUCUGUGCUUGUUUCUCCUACUGGUGUCUUCUCCGUCUGCCUCUUUUUCUCUUUAGGCCUACAUGUACUGCACGUGGAGCACAGACCCACCCAAGCAGACAGAAGUAUUAGGAUAGGGCAGGUCCUGCUCAGUGCAGUAUGCAUUUGCUAGAUGGGGCUGACACUGCACAGUGCAGACAUAACCAUGGCUUUCAUAUGCUCUUUAUACCAACAAAUCCCAAACUGGAGUGCCUGAACUUAGAUGAGAUAGAGGCUUGAGCCUGGUGAUACUUGCAAGGAGUCACAUGCCGACAUCACCAGCCAUGUUUUGGAGCCAAGUUUGGACACCUGAGCCCCAAAACAUUACAGAGCAUCCGGACCUCUCCUGUAGCUGUUGAAAUGAGCAUGUGGGCAGGCUGGACAGUCAGUUCCCGCAUCUUGGAUUUUUUAAAAUUUGUUCAGCUGAGAAGGAAACAGGGAGAGAAGGAGUAAAAGAAGCUCAGACAGGAAAUCAAAGGAAAAACCAUAGGAAAACUUGCACCUCUUAAUUGCAAAUGGUAUCCUGGCUGCAGACUGUUGUACCCAGCUGCGAGGCUGCAGGUCUCUGUUCACUGGCCUGCUCCUGGACAUCAGGGUAGAACGUGCCAGUACCGAACUCUGCCGGGAGCCCCAUCUUGCACAUUCUCUCUCUCGGGCUUCCAGCGCCAAACCCCUCCAUCAUGUGCAAUUGUAUUUAUUUAUUUAUUUUCUGGCUGCCUGAUGCAAAGCUGCUAACACAGUACCCUCCCCGGACAUGUCCACAGCCGAGAGAGGAAAGCGUGCAUGUUGUGUGUCUGUAAAACAGGUGCAGACGAACGCCUGCCCUCCCCUCUGCGUUGGCUUAGUGAAAUAAAAGCUGAGCGUUUCAUUGCGACUGCCGGCCAUCUGACUGGGGGGCUGCAGUCAGCGUCUGUUAGCUCUAGUCAAGCCGGCUGAAGGGUUAGUGGGGGGCCCUUGGCCUUGCCAAAGGUACGCAGCAAGUAGUGCAUAAGCAGGCAUAUGUGGGCCAAAGUGUGACAGAUGUAUGCUGCAAACGGGCGAGAUCCAGGCACACACAGAGGGUGUGGGAACAUGUGCAUAUGAGGCAGGAGGAAAUGGCUGCUGUUAAAACAGAAAUACAUUGCCUGGGGUGACUGGGGUUUUGAUCCUUUGAGAAUUAAGAACAGGCUGGACACACUCUUGUUGGGAAGGACAGCAGGACAGCUAUAGGCUGUGUAAGCUCUGGAGAGCCCUGCUAGCCAGAUUUUCUAUUUGCAGCUGUGACUGCGCAGGGCACGUGUCUCUGUGUGAGUUGCUCCUACUUUACCCCCAAAUCCUGUCCUUCCCACGCUCCCAGCUAUUAUGAAGCAAACUUACUAUACAUACAUCCUGGGUUCGGGAGCUCCAAGUGGGCCAUAUCCACAGCCAGGGCAAGUCGAACCAGUGUGCUGAGAGGGGUGCACAGGUGUUUAAAUGCCUGACAAUCUUUUCCACGAUCUCCAGAAGCAAUAAUUCAUUUACAGACCCAUUUAACACAGCCAGUUUGAGACGGGCAGGCUUGAGACUCUCUAAGCGAAUGCUAUAGCUCUUCUUAACAGUUCAUGUCCAGCCUUGGCUGUUCCUACCCACUUGGCUGAGAACUGGCACACUGGCAGCAACUACUUGUGACUGCAUAUUCCGCUUCAUGAAAAACCUGUGUCCAGUGCAGAAAGGAAACAUUUCUGUGAGAGAGCUACGCUCUCCCCUGCCCUGCUGCACUCCCACAGCCCCCACACUCGGGCAGGCAGCCGGAGUACCCGGGCUUCCCGGCCCUGCCAUGGCCCUCGGGGCAGGCUCCAAGGGAGCUCGACUUCUCCCUCAUCCCUCCCUCUGAAAUGCCCCACCAAAGCUCUGUCCAAACCGGUGUGGCUGCCAAAUGGCAAUCUUUCCCAACAAAAGUCUGUUUCCUCAGAAAAUUCCUGGCUGGCUCAAGUCAUGUAUUCUGUACUGGAAACACUGCCCUUGGGAUUAGUUUUCAAGUUAGAAAGACACACCGGAUCUUUGUAGUUCUUUUUCUUACAAAUCUUCUCUUCUGCAGGAGCAGUUUGCAAUAACUGAAAUAGAUACACUUUCUCUGAUAAUUUGCCAACAUGGCCUGAAAGCAGUGACCUGUUUAUUGCUGUUGCUUCCUUGCAGAGUUAUAAGAGUUGGAGAUGGAAAAGAUGUACAACAAAUCCAUCUGCCUAUGGCCAUUCAGGCUUGUUCUAUAUAUUGCAUUUACUAGUGAUGUACUGAGCCUAUUUUUAAAUGACCCUGACACCAGGGUUAUCGUGCCAUCCCUCGGGAGACUGCUCUGUAGUCCCAGUCGGGAGCUGCUAUUAGUAUUCCACCUGCAUUUCCUCCAGAAAAAUUCAUUCCAUUAUUCCUAGUGAUCCUUUUCAAAUACUUGCUGUUCCUUAUGUCCUGGUCAAGCUUUACCACUUGAUCAGCAUUCAUCUUUCCUCCUCAAAGAACCUCUCUGGCUCCCUAGUUGCUGCUGCUCUCUGUCCUUCCCACACCUUGACACAGAAUUAGCCUAAUUGCUUGUUAAUGCAGCCAUGAAGGGUUUGUCAGGGAUCUGCACCCAUCAGCAGUGCAGCCAGGACCUCUCGCAAUGCACAGUCUCCGCAGCAGACUGUGAAGUUUGCAUGAGAUUUAACGAAGCACGCGUGGCAUGGGUAAGGGUCGGGCACAGAGAUGUUUCUGAGAAGUGGGCCAGAGUCAGCAGUGAGCACCCUUUUACCCAGCAGGGAGCGAAAACCUGCGAGGACAAGCACACAGCAAAUUCUGCAUCUCAGCCAAACCAAGCUGUGCAACGGAGGGAGGUGGGUGACUCUCUGGCGUUGCCCAUGCAGCCGUACCAGGACACGUGGUGGGGGAUAAUGGUCUGUGUCGUGGCGGUGAGUGUCUGGGCACUGUUUAUUCUGGUGCUGCCUGAAAUCAUUUCCAUCAGCUGAAGCCACAGCUCUGCAGCGAUGGAGCCCUGCACCCCCAGGGGAGCACGAACCCUCAGCAGACCCAGGUGAAUUCAGAGUGAACGCACGUGGAGUGAUUGCUUGGGGAGUCUUUGUGUACAGCGCUCGGUCAGAGCACUAUUGUGAUUGUAAGUGCUCUGUUCUCACUGAACAAAUUGUUCCUACAAAUAAAGUAUGAAAAGUGCUCCUUUCA